CUCACAUUGAGUAAAGACUCGAAAAUUUUGAACUUGUUUGAUCGUUUAAUUAGCGCGUGUUGUUUGUUUUUAUUAAGCAUUCUAGAUGCUCUGUAAUUGUUGUGUUUGACAUUUGAAUUACCGAAAAAUAUAUGUAUUACGUUGGAACUGCUUACUGCCAGUGAAUUUUAUGGAUUAUUAUUAUGAAGUGGUACAAAGCAGAAAAAAUAAUAAAUUUAAUUGAAAUGUGGCAGUGAAUAAGCUUUUAAUAUAGAAAAUAUUUUCAUCAUUUAAAUAACAUUAAUAAGAGAGCGAGAAGCUUUCUUAUUAGUUGGUUGGUUGCUCGGGUACGGAUAUUCAAAUCCAUUGUUCGAAACGUGUGCGGGACGAGAACAAAAAUAAUAAUAGAAACGGAACAUUGGAUAUAGAAAUAAUAAUAAGGAGAUAUGAGACAUAAAAAAGACUGUAAAUAUUUUAUUGGAACAGAAUUGAAGUGAUAUUAGAGGACAGAGAGCAAAAAGAGCUUAAAAUUUAUUACAUUUCUGUAGGAGGAAAGUAGCUCCUCCGUUUCUAUCAAGACCAGAGUGCAAAACACUUUAUUGUAUCCAUAAACCAAAUCCUUGAAGCAAAAAAAAAAUAUUGCAACAUAAUCCGUACCAUUAAAAUACAGACGUAACAUAAAAUUCGUUAUGGGUGAUUCAAGUGACGAUGAACAAGAGUAUGGCAAUGGACAAAGUGAUAGUGGCGGUGCUGGAAAGGAUUUGGUACAUAAAACAGUUUCGGAUCCGGGAAAGAUUGUUGGCAAUCGUGGACAAGUUUUAGCAACACGUCCACCUCGACAUCCGACUAGUAUCUUACCUAGCGGACCGGCGACAAGAAAAUGUGUACUUACGCUUGAUGGAUAUUCUUAUGUAAUUGUUGCAAACACAACAGAUACUAUAUUAAAUAAGACAGAUUCAAUAGCAUUAAGGGAUUUAAAAAGCACUGAAGCUACAUCCAGUAGCGGUAACGUUCAGACUGAAGCACAAUCAAGAAACGGUCAAAUAGGAACAGAGAGCGGAUUGACGAUAGUACGUCGACUAAGUGGAAAGAAGUCAGCACAACCUCAGUCUGAAUAUUUGACAUCAGCAUCAACGACAGAUAGCCAACAAUUAGAGCAAUACACAUUUUCGUCUGAUAGCCAACAAUCUAAAAUUAAUAGCGGUAUUUGUUCGUUUAUAGAAAAUCGAUUAAAAAUGCAACCAACCUCUAACUUAGAAAAUGAUUUAGAAAAUGUAGAUUUGACAACAGAAAAUUUACCUGCUGUCGAUACACCAGAUGCUUGUGAUAAAGCUGCCUUAAGAUUACGAUGUCUCUUAAGGCAGCUUCAACGUGGAGAAAUUUCUGCCGAGUUAUUGCAGAAAAAUCUCCACUAUGCAGCUCGAGUACUCGAAGCUGUUUUCAUAGAUGAGACCAACCAAGAUGGUGGUGGAACGGAAAGAGACAGUCAUUCAAAGCUCAAAAAGAGCAAUAGUAUAGCUGUGCCAGAACGACACGGUGCAUCAGGAGCACAGCAAUCACAAGACGGUUCAACAUCAUCGAGUACAAACAAAAACAGUUUCAUACAAAGACGACGUUUGAGACAGCCUGUAUGGGCGCGCACAACGACGACACAGAAAAAGCGCUUGGCAGACGAAGACGAUGAAUUAUCAGAAGUUCAGCCAGACGCAGUGCCGCCAGAAGUGCGAGAAUGGUUGGCAUCAACCUUCACCCGACAACUCGCAACAACGCGAAAGAAAAGUGAUGAAAAGCCAAAAUUUCGAUCUGUCGCACAUGCAAUUCGUGCUGGGAUAUUCGUUGAUCGAAUUUAUCGUCGAGUGUCAAGUACGGCACUUAUGCAGUUCCCACCAGAAGUUGUGAAAGUUUUAAAGCACCUCGACGAUUGGUCCUUUGAUGUUUUUGCAUUAGCAGAAUCGGGAAAUUGCCAGCCUGUAAAAUACGUCGGUUAUGAUUUAUUAAAUCGAUAUGGAAUGAUUCACAAAUUUAAAGUUCCAUCAGCAACACUCGAAACAUUUUUAUCGCGAAUCGAGGAAGGUUAUUGUCGCUUUCGCAAUCCUUAUCACAAUAAUUUACAUGCAGCAGAUGUAGCUCAAACCGUUCAUCAUGUUCUAUGUCAAACUGGACUGAUGCAUUGGCUAUCGGAUUUAGAGAUAUUUGCAACAUUAGUUGCAGCAUUAAUACACGAUUACGAGCAUACGGGUACAACAAACAACUUUCAUGUUAUGUCGGGCUCUGACACAGCCAUGUUAUAUAAUGAUCGUGCCGUGCUUGAAAAUCAUCAUAUAAGUGCGGCCUUUCGCGUCCUUAAAGACGAUGACUGUAAUAUAUUGCAAAAUUUAUCGCGUGAUGAAUAUAGGGAACUGAGAACAUUAAUAAUCGAUAUGGUGCUUGCAACUGAUAUGUCUUUUCAUUUUCAACAAUUGAAGAAUAUGAGAAAUUUGUUGACACUCGCUGAGCCGAGUGUGGAUAAGUCAAAAGCAAUGGCACUUGUAUUGCACUGCUGCGAUAUAUCACAUCCAGCUAAGAAAUGGGACCUACAUCAUAAAUGGACAAUGUUAUUAUUGGAAGAAUUCUUUCGACAAGGCGAUUUGGAGCGUGAAUUGGGCCUGCCAUUUAGUCCAUUGUGUGAUCGUAAUAAUACUUUAGUAGCGGAAUCACAAAUUGGUUUUAUUGAGUUUAUCGUUGAGCCAAGUAUGGCCGUAUGUUCAGAUAUGUUAGAAACUAUCCUAGCACCAAUAGCACCAAUAGCAAAUAAUAACAAUAAUAGUUUAAGUAAUAAAGCGAUAACGUCUGUUAGUGAGGACAAUGCAUCAAAUACUCUUAAUGUGCCGGAAGAAGGAUCAAGUAGUGAAGCAAUAGUUAGCACCAAAAGUAAAUCAUCUGAUGAUAAAUCAAAUAGUAGCACAGAUUGUGAAAAACCAACGAGAUUUAAAAUUAAGAAGCCAUGGAUUACAUGUUUAGCUGAAAAUAAAAAGAUAUGGAAGGAUCAGGCAAUAAAAGAUGCUGAAGCCAGGGCUGCAGCAGCACUCGAGCUAGAGAGGGAGAAAUCUAUCGAAUUAUCCAAUGAAACAAAGCCUGAAGAGUAAAACACACACAAAAAUGCCCAAAACAAGUUACACACAACAAAAUAAAAAUAUUUAUAAUGAAUAAGAAUUGUAGAAAAUCCAAACAGAGAGAAGAGAAAAAAGGCACACAUUAAUAGCAAAUAAGUCUACUGCAAGCCACCUAAUCUUAUAUUAUACAAUUUAAAAAAAUGAUGAAAAAUUCUAAGCUAAUAAUAAUAACAAUAAUAAUAAUUGAAAUUGUUGAUAAAUGAGGCAAAUCAAGCAUGUUUGUUGAUCAGUUCUUUUUGUCUUGUCUCUUUGUUUUUAUUUCUUUGUUCAACAAAAAAAAAGGGAGCAUAAGCAUAAAUCACCAAAACAAAACUAUAUUGAACAUGAAUAUUAUUAAAAAAAUUUGAUUAUAAUUUUUACUGUCUGUUGGCUAUAAUUCUUUUGUUUGUUGAUAAUAAUUAUUACCGAGUUACCUUUUUGACAAAAAAAAUUAAACGGAAGAAAGAAGAAAAAAUUUGUUGUUAUUAUGUAAAACCUUUGUUGCUUCAUAUCAUAAUCAUAAAGUGAAAGGAACCAUAUAUAUAUAU